UAUAACACACAAGAAUGUCUAUCAAUCUCCAGGUGACCGUCCUAGGAACGAUCUUCCUCGUCCUCGCCGCCUCAUGCAGAAGCACGGCAGCGUUUAGUAUCUUUCUCGACGACCCUUGCACGGUGACGGAUUUUCCUGCAUUGUGCAGAGGCACCAUUAAGGGUCUAAGGAACGUGAACGCAGCUACGGAUGUGGCCAUAGGAGAACUAAUGAAGAGGACGAGGCAAGCAAGAUAUAUCGCCAAGAAAGAGAUGAAAGUACUUGACGGUGGUGUUUCGACGUGUUUGUCCAACUUCAAUAGCGCGUUUGACAAUUUGGACAAGGCCCUUAAGAACAUUAAGGAAGGUGAUCGUUUUAGCCUUAACAUUAACCUUAGUGCUGCGUUAACGGACUACGAUACUUGCAGCGAGACAAUGAAGGGAGCUCGUGGGGAUAACGUCGUUUAUAAAUCCGCAGGGGUUUUGUACAAGAUGGCUGAUAAUUGUUUGGCUCUUUCUACCCUUGUUAAACCAUGAUUUUAUCAAGGAAAAUUGGGGUUCAGAGGGAAAAGAUAAAUAUAUUUCUUUUAUCGAGUAUGUAUUUUUAUAUGUAUUUAAUUUGGACUAAUUUCGAAUUUAAAAAGGAAAAAAGUGGAAAUUAAGGGGAAAAUCUUUUGUGUGUAUG